GGUUCUCCAGUAUCUGAUUUCUUCACCAGAGGGAGGGUUUCCUCCUAUACCUGAGAGUCAUUUUACAUCAAUAUAACAUGAAGAACACCCCUCCCCCCACUAAGUUCUUUGGUGUCUGAGUAACAUGCUUUAGAAGUUUCUUUUCUUAGUGUUUGUAAAAAUGUCUUUUUGUUUCACAUAGUUUACAAAUAGUGCUUUAUAAAAGCAACGUGCUAAUGCUGAGAGACAGCAUGCACACAGGAGGUGUCAGGCAGCAGUGAAAGACAAAGAUCUCUCUUUGCAGGGACUAAAAUAGAGCCUUUGUAGAAAGGGUGUUUCUGUCACUGAAGCUUUACCGUUUCCCCAAAACACUUUCACUGUAUAAUGGAGGCUGUGUACAGGCCACAGUUCUUUUCUCCUUUCAGGCUUAAGAAAGCUGUGGGUGUUAUGUACUCAUGCUUUGUCUGUGGUGAUGUCAAAAGUGCAUUAUGCAGGCCUCAAGGUGGCUGAAUUCUUCCAAGUGAAUUUGGCCAGCUGCUGUUUUGCAGCUGUGCAAUGAGUUUUGGGAAAGAGGAAGUCUUAGCUGCCCUGUGGUAGGCAUAGUGAUGUCAUGGAUGUCAUGCCUGAUAACAUGUGAUAACACCUCUGCAGUUGUCUUUUAUUUGACAGCAUCAGUAGGUGGAAAAAUCUGAAAAGAGCAUGAAAUGUAAACUCCUUACCUACUAACAGGAGUGGAUUCUUGAGGGAGCUGACCAGCCUGCAGAAAUUUUGCUCAGAUUGAAAAGCUUAGAAUGGCUGGAGAACAGAAACCAUCCUGCAAUCUUCUAGAGCAGUUUAUUUUACUAGCCAAAGGUACAAGUGGCUCGGCUCUGACUGCUCUGAUAAACCAAGUGCUGGAGGCUCCUGGGGUUUAUGUCUUUGGAGAGCUGUUGGAGUUAACAAAUGUGCAAGAGCUUGCUGAAGGGUCUAAUGCUGCUUAUUUCCAGUUGCUGAACCUGUUUGCAUAUGGGACGUACCCAGACUACGUAGCAAACAAAGAUAAUCUGCCUGAAUUAACAGCAACUCAGAAAAACAAGCUGAAACACUUGACAAUAGUAAGCCUGGCUUCUAGAAUGAAGUGCAUUCCCUACUCCGUGUUGCUGAAGGACCUGGAUAUGAGGAAUCUGAGGGAGCUGGAAGAUCUGAUUAUAGAAGCGGUUUAUACAGAUAUUAUCCAGGGGAAGCUGGAUCAACGAAACCAGAUGCUAGAGGUGGAUUUUUGUAUUGGCAGGGAUAUUCAGAAGAAGGACAUCAGUAACAUUGUCAAAACGCUCCAGGAAUGGUGUGACGGUUGUGAAGCAGUUCUUUUAGGGAUUGAGCAGCAAGUACUGAGAGCCAACCAAUACAAAGAGAACCAUCACCGAACCCAGCAGCAGGUAGAGAUGGAGGUCACAAACAUAAAGAAAACAUUAAAAGCUACAGCCUCGUCGUCGGCACAGGAGAUGGAACAGCAGCUGGUAGAGCGAGAGUGCCCUCCACACACAGAACAAAGGCAGCCCACAAAGAAGAUGUCCAAAGUUAAAGGGCUGGUCUCCAGCCGUCACUAGAACAUACCAUCCAAGUGUCAUUCAGCUAGGAAUGACAGCAGGAGGAGCAAAAAAGGGCCUGUGUCUUCUUUUCCAGUGGGUUCUGGGCCAGCCCCUUCCAGGCUGGCAAAUAAAAGCCCUGUUUGAAUGCAGCACCUGGCAAAGUUACACUGUGCAGCCCCUAUUUGUUACGAGGGUGUCUCUGUUCUGGUCCUUUAAAGAGGGACUUUUGAAGAGAGGGACUAGCACAAUGGGGCAGUAAAAAAGUCUGUGGACAGUUUUGCUCCCUCUCAGCCAGUUUCAUUGCUGCUUAACCUCUAGGAAGCUGCUGUACUAAAUCAGAUCUUGGGAGAACUUCUAUACUAAGAGUGAAUCCCAGGGUUGAAGUGUGGCUACCAAAGCCAGGCUGGGAGCGAGGAAGCCAUCAACAUAGAUCUUUUCAUUCCCUGAGGGAGUGCAGAAAGGUUUCUAGGCCAGGAACUGCUUUGCAUGGAAGUCUUCAGCCUUUCCUCUACCCCUGUCUGUUUUGAACUGGGGUGUAAUUCACGCUACCUCGCUCUGUGAGGAUGAGAUUCAGUGCUGGGCUGUUUACUUAACUGUCUGUUUACUGCCCUUACUAAGCCCUUCAAUCUCUCGCAGAUUUAAUGCACUGGUCUGCAUCUCUGAGUCUUCAAUGCAGAAAGGAGGAAGCAGGCUGCUCUUCCAAGCCUUCCUUCUUACAAAUGGUUAUGGACACAGCAGAAACAGCGUUCCUUUGGAAUGUGAUGUCACCUCUCAGAGCUGCUUGUGAGUUGUUCCCCAUAGAUACCUCCAGAGGGUAAUGCAUUUGCUCUUCCUUGGGUGCUAGUGACAGUGGUCUGUGUGGGAGAAGAGCCCCUUUAGCACUGUGGCAGGCUGGUGGCCCAGGACCCACUGGCAAGGGUCACAGCAGUAUCCCCUUGCUGAACCAAUGGACUUGACUAGUCUUUCUGAAUUUUGAACACUUUCAGGUUGUAUUUUCUUUUUUUCUUUUGUACAUUGUUGUGAUUCUGAAGCAUUUCAGCCUUUGAUUUGUGUUUUUUUUUAAUUUGUUACAGACCAACUUCAGGUGGUUUGCGCCUGAUUUGGUGAGGAGCGGGGUUUUUUUUUUACGGGGGAGGAUGGGGUUGGCAGUGAAACAGCAAUUCACACAAAAAAGCACAUUUUAGAAAAAAAUUAAAAAUGCUGAUUUAAUGUCAGA